CCACUAGACAGACAUUAACGCCAGAGAGGGACAUUAUCCGAGAGCACUCACUCAUGGGCAGCGAAAUGGGGCGGAACAGGGACACGAGGAUCCUACUACCCAGCCUGCUCCUGCUAGUCCUGAUGAUCGGCAGUGCGCAGUGUGCCAUGAAGCUGUGCGGCGGUAAACUGCCCGAAGCCCUGUCCCGGAUCUGCGUUUAUGGCUUCAACGCGAUGACUAAGCGAACUUUGGAUCCCGACAACUUCAACCUUAUAGAGGCCGCACCACUUGGCUUGGGCUUCGAAGACGGUUCGCUUCUCGAGAGGUUGUUAGUUGAGAGUUCCGCCCAGAUGCUGAAAACACGACGACUGCGGGAAGGCGUCUUCGACGAGUGCUGCUUGAAGUCUUGCUCCAUGGACGAACUCCUUAGAUAUUGUGCUCCCAAACCCAAAACGUGAACCUUCUAUUAACCUUCCGACGACACCUAAGAUUGCCGAAAUGAUAUGAUUCGCCUGGGACUAAAAGUCACGUAUUCGUAGUUGUUAAGUCGUUGUGGAAGCUUACUCAAAUCCAGAUUUGGAUAUAAUAUAUAUGUGCACAUGCGAGUGGGAUGUGUGCGCAUAAUUUAUGAUCGGAAAUCAGAGACAGACACGCGAAAUGAAUCGGAACACGGGAUGUUAUGCAUGUAGAUAUGGCCUGAAUACAUCGGCUGGGUAUAAAUUAUUAAAUAAAUUAUGUAUUCAAACUGCUGCA